AUUGAUGAGAAGAUUCAUAUGGGGAAGAAGCUGAGCUUGACCUCCUUCCUGUUCAAGCCGAGCUCGAAGGCAUAUGCUGUCACUCACCCCCGCUCGUCUUCCUCGUGGUCGUGGCUCUCUUGCUCCACCACCCGGACUGAGUCCUUCAGCCACGUGCCCGCUGUCAGCUCGUCGGAGUCGUACUUCACCCGCUCGUCGGAGGAGCCGGAGAGCUUCUCGACAGUGUCGGAGUUCUCAACCGGAGCCUCGCCUGAGACAGUUGUGCGGGGGCUGCGGCAGUCCAUGGGCCGGCUCCUCUUCGAACCCAGCUGCCACUCCGGCUCCAGGUCACUGCUGGAGGAGGCCGCGAAGGCUGCUGAGGUGCCGCCCUUUGACGGGGCGGUGGCUGUGGCAGUGGAAACAGAGAACCCGUACCGUGACUUCCGGCAGUCGAUGGAGGAGAUGAUGGCAGUGCACGGGGUCAGGGACCGGGAGAGGCUCUGGGAGCUGCUAAUUUGGUAUCUGAGGGUCAACCACGAGGAGACCCAUGGCCUUAUCAUCGGCGCCUUUGCUGAUAUCCUUGCCGGACUCGCCUCCCCGUCGUCGUCCUCCAAUAAUUCACUUGAGACGGAGGACAAAGAGGGAGAAACAGCUGCAUCCAGUUAAUUACUCUCCACGACGUAGAGUUUAUUACGGCUUAAUGUUAUUUUUCUCCAUUUCUGUAAUUAUUUUCCCUUCUAAAUAUCAAUGGACAAGAGGAUUGUGUGAGUAUCCGGAUAGCAGAAGUGUAGCUGUGCUGUGCAUGAAGUGGCUCAGGGACAGCCCUGUUUUGGAGUACACUGUACAGCAUGACAUCGCUUCAUUUUGUUUAGUAAUUUUCUAUACCACCGGAUAAAUUAGGAAUA